AUGGAUUCGGAGGCGCCGCCGAUCGAGGACGGCGAUGGCGGGGAUAAGCUGAAACGGCUCUCCUCCAAUGCCUUUUCGCUCUCUUCGAUCAACCUGCAGAAGUUGCCGCACCUCUGCGACUACCUGCCAGAUCUCUCCAUGCGGCAGAACCCGAUCGACAACAGCCCCUUCUAUCACCCACGGCCUAGCUUCUACGUCAGCUCCUCCGAGGUCAUCCUCCGCCACAUCCUCUUCGACCUCUCCGGUGAGUACUUCCCCUCCCCGAACCGCCGCCUCCUGGCCUACCACCGCGCGGGGCCGAGGGAGACGGUCUUCUUCGAGCCGGCGGCGGUGCGAGCGGCGAUCGUUACCUGCGGAGGCCUCUGCCCCGGCCUGAACACCGUGAUCCGCGAGCUGGUGGUGGGGCUCUGGGACAUCUACGGCGUGAGGGAGAUCUACGGCAUCAGGGAUGGCUACAGAGGCUUCUACUCCUCGGAGCCCCUCCGGCUAGAUCCCAAGGUCGUCGACGGCUGGCACAAGAGGGGUGGCACAGCGCUCGCCACUUCCCGUGGCGGCUUCGACCUCGAACGGAUCGUCGCCGCUGUCGAGGCCCGCGGUUUUAACCAGGUGAGCAAGGAUCCUCCUCCUCUCCUCCUCCUCCUCCUCCGCUGCCGCCGUCGCUGGCGGCGCCGGCCGAUUCGCCGGCGGCGGCAAUGAUGAUGUUUCUGGGCUUCUUCUUGUUCUUUUUUCUUCCUUUCUCGCUCGAUUUUAUUGUGAGUUUUUCCUUUGGGGAUGGAAGAUCUUUAUCAUCGGCGGGGACGGGAGCAUGAGGGGGGCAGCAAAGAUCUUCGAGGAGGUGAGGCGGCGCCGCCUGAAGGUGGCGGUGGCGGGGAUCCCGAAGACGGUGGACAACGACAUCGGCAUCAUCGACCGGUCCUUCGGCUUCCAGACGGCGGUGGAGACGGCGCAGCAGGCCAUCAGCGCCGCCCACGUAGAGGCCGAGAGCGCCGUCAACGGCGUCGGCCUGGUGAAGCUCAUGGGGCGCAGCACCGGCCACAUCGCCCUCCACGCCACCCUCAGCAGCUGCGACGUCGACUGCUGCCUCAUCCCCGAGAACGGCUUCUUCCUCGAGGGCCCCGGCGGCCUCUUCGAGUUCCUCCGCCACCGCCUCCGGCAGAACGGCCACGCCGUGGUGGUGGUGGCGGAGGGCGCCGGCCAGGACCUCAUACCACCGCCGCCGACGAAGGAGAAGGACCCGUCGGGGAACGUUGUCUUCUCCGACAUCGGCGCCUGGCUGAAGACGGAGCUACGGCGGUGGUGGGAGAGAGACUUCUCCGGGGAGCUCUUCACGGUGAAGUACAUCGACCCGACGUACAUGAUCAGGGCGGUGCCGGCGAACGCCACGGACAACCUUUACUGCACUUUGCUGGCUCACUCGGCGAUCCAUGGCGCCAUGGCCGGCUACACGGGCUUCGUCUCGGGGCCGAUCAACGGCAUCUACGCGUACAUCCCGGUGGAGGAGGUGGCGGAGGCGAGGAACCUGGUCGACACCAGCGACCACAAGUGGGCGUGGGUCAGGUCAGUCACCAACCAGCCCGACUUCUCCAGGGACAGUGGGGCCUAA